CACUCCUUCCAAAAGUGCAUUAUCCAUUUCCCAGGGAAAUAGAAGGAAUUUGACUUGACCCACAUGACAUUUUUAGAGGAUAUAUGGAAUAAGCGCUCAGAAAGGAAGCUUUUACUAGUCCUGUUCUUUGUUCUUCCAACAUGUAUUUUAAUUGGAAAGUGGCUUACAGAUGAAGUGCCUAUCACCAUCAGCAUAGAACCAUCAGUUGUCCUUGUUGGAGAGCAAGUGACUCUGUCCUGCCAGCUGUCAGACAAUGUCCCCUCUAACGUGAGCGUGCUUUGGUACAAAUUGGAAAAGGGGAGGGAUGCUCCACUGUGCUCUUCCUCCAGCCUGGGGGGGGUGGUGGAGCAGCGCCAGGAUGCAGAACAGCGGAGGGUUGCAGGACACUGGCAGAGAAGAGCAUUUCUUCUGGUUAUCCGUCAAGUGCAAGUAGCUGAUGAGGGUGCAUAUGUUUGUGCUGUGAACAGCAGCGUCAUCACACAGGAGGCUAUGACUCACCUUAAUGUUACAGCAAUUGGGUAUAAGCCAACUUUGGACAGGGAUCUGCAAGAGGAGAGUAUGUGUCGCUACACAUGUAAGUCAAAACAAUGGUACCCAAAGCCUGAAGUAAUUUGGAUGAACUAUGGAGGAGACACAGUAAAUGUGGAGGCCAAGACCAAUAUAACCUGGAGUGAGAGAGACCAUUUCACAGUGCAAAGCACCAUCAUGGUGCCUUGUGAUAAUGUAGAUGUAGUGUGUGUAGUCGAACUCAUCAAAGCCAAGAUAAGCCGAUCAGGUUCCAUGAAUGAAAUCAUUGUGCCACACUCAAGCACUUGUACAUACAAGGGCAGAAUAAGAGGUUCCUAUGAAAAGCCCAAAGUGAUGUGGGUUAAUCACGAAGGAGAAGAUCUAUCCUCACUGGCCCAGACGAGCAUUCUACAGGAGAUGGACAAUAUUUUUGCAAUAGAGAGCUCCAUUGAGAUACCCUGUGGACAACCGCCACCUUCUUUUGUGACCACUGAUAGGGAACGCAGUCCACAAAUUGCUCAACAGUCAGGAAACAGUAACUUGUCCUGGAUUGUCUGCCUCCUUGUUCUCAAUAUUUUAGGAGAAAACCAGAAGGAGACUGAGAACCUGAAGAAGGAGAUUGGUGAGUGUUGCUGUCUUUCUGGAGGCCAUGUGAGCCAGCUAAUUGUGAGGUUUGGGGGUCUUCACAGAAUGUUGCUUGUGGUCUUCUGGCUGGUGGAGGCCUUGUUGCUGGCAGGAGACCCCAAAUAUCUAUUCAUUGGAGAUGACAUCAAGGUUGAUGGGGACACAGCCCAUCCCAACUUGUCUAAUGCUGUGGACAAGAAGAAUUUUACGCAUAAAUCACAGGUCCAGAAAGUGACUCAAAAUGAAGAGAGUUUUUAUUCAUCUGUCUGUGUGCUGGGCUCAGAAGGUUUCUCCUCUGGGAAGCAUUACUGGGAGGUGGAUAUUGAAAAAAGCAAUGACUGGGACAUUGGAGUAGCCAAAAAAUCCGCUCCAAGGAAAGGAAUAAUUUCUCUGUCACCUAAAGAAGGAUUCUGGGCUCUGGGCUUGUGUUCUAAAGAUUACUGGGCAAGAACUGAUCCAUGGACAUGGCUAGCGGUGCAGAAAAAUCCCAGGAAAGUUGGAUUUUACCUUAAUUGCGAUGAGAAAACUUUGACUUUUUUCAAUGUUACUGACACAUGUGUGAUGUUCACAUUUACAGACUGUGCAUUCUCAGAAGAAUUGUAUCCCUUCUUUAAAAACUCACACAAAGAAUCAACCAUGAGAAUCUGUUCUGUUAAAGAGGAAUAAUUUUCUUUAAUAUGGUAAUUUUGUUGUGCAA